UGCCUAGUUAAUAGUUGUCAAAUUUUUGUUAUGGCUAUCGUUUCAGCGCGCAUUCUCAGGAAUCGAUCGCAAACUAUUUUCUAUUUCAUGAAGAAACAAAAAUGACUGAAGUUAUUGAAAGUGUGUUAACUGGGAAAUUAAACUGUGAUCUAUUAAUUCAGUGGCUGAACAACGAGUCCAUAGAGGGUGCGCCGGACGACUGUAUACUAUUUUGUUGUAGUAGAAACGAAUUUGUUGCAUAUUUUUUAUCGUUUUUAAGGAAUCAGACAGAUGGAAUCCUUCACACAAACAACAGUAUACAAUUAUUAAAUCAAACACUAGAAACGCUAAGCAAGCGUAAACAUCAUCGCUCAAUCAGUGAUCCUGGCAAUGAAAAUGAGAAAAUUGAGAAAAGUGAUAGGAAAAUACAGGAGUCUCCAAAUAGAGAAAGAAAAAAAACUGGACGCAGGGUUAAAACAAAAUUAUUUACUGAGGAAAAAUCAAACCAGUCUAUAUCUUCAGAUGAAUCCAGAUUGAGUGUGGGGAUUGAAAGAGUAACUAUAAGUACACCAUUGAAAAAUGGAACGCGACCAGAUUUUAUGGCAAGUCCUGUGACUCCAACUUCAAGGAGCUUUAGUGAACGUUGUGAUACACCACGAAUGAGUAGGCAUUCUAGAUCACAAGAUAAAAGUAUAAGUUUAGGUGAUUAUUUAGUUACAGCCCAACCUAAAAGCGCCAAAAAGAAGCGAGCAAGCAAAAAUGCGUCAAGCGAAGACUUGGAACCUAAAGUAGAUCUAGAUUUAAGUAAUUCAGACAUGUUCCCUGAGAUAGGGGCUAGAAAAGCCAACUCCCUUCGAUCAGAAAGACGUAGAAUUAAACCUACAGUUAUUGACAAAAGUGUGUCUUUAAAUAGUUUUACUGAUGCAUUUCAACAACCAUCUUUAGGGCUCGAAGAAAAUAUUGCAUUUAAACCAACACUCCAAUCAAAGGACACUUCGAAUAAUUUUGACGCAGAAAGAAACAUUCUAAGACAGGAUAGGCAUAAAUUAAUGGAGAAAUUCAAUAUACUAAACACCAAUGUGGCACCAAAGGUAACGCCUCAAAUAAAAAUUUUGCAGAAGGAAAAGAAAUCUCAUAAGUUUAUAGAUGCUGAUGUAAACAAAGUAUGUUUUAGGGAGAAAAUCGAGGACUUAGUUCAAAUAUAUGACGCUUUAUUGAAGAAUAAUUUGAUUUUAAGUGUGAACACCGAGAUAUAUUACUUAAUAACUAUUUUACUAUCAAAACAAGAGGAAGAUGACUUUAGAAAAGUUGAUAAAAGUGUUCAGAAUAUUAUGAAAACUAUUCACAACAGUACUUGUUUUUCUGUCAAGUCUUUGUGGAAUUUGCGAUUGGUGUUGGAAAUUAUUUUGGACAAAAACGCGCUUAAAACACUGGGAGAGAACAAGAAGAUUAGGAGUUUUUAUCCAGAUUUGGCGAAAUUUUUACUUAACGCAUAUGGGUUGAAAUGUGAAAUGGAAUCUCAGAGGAAGUUGAUACUAGAAAAUAGAAUAUCAAAUGGAAUUGUUUGUUUCAAUCUAGAUACGGAUAAUGCAGAUAAUUUUCCGUCGCUAUUGAGCUUUCAGAACUUUAAGAAGCAGAGGGAUAUGUUCUAUGAGAUUUUAAGAUGGUACCAAGACACACAAAAUAGUUCUAGAUCAAGUCUACGUGCGCGUAUAAAAUCCUUAUUAUCGUGUGGGCCGAGUGCAGCGAAUCACGCGCAUUUAGCCAAACUAUUCGUACAUUUGUUGGCUGAGUGCUUACCACCUAAUGAACAGGAGUCGAAGUUAAGCAAGCUCCAACGUAGACUGACGUGUCCAAAUGCGCCCGAGUCGCACAGACUACCACAUUUCACUGAGAAGGAAAUGUUUUAUAAAGACUUCAUAAUGUAUGCAGAAAACGAGUGUUUCCGGGUGCAUUUAAAAGAUGCGCUUGCGUCUGAAAUAAUUUCGUUGGAUUCUAAAUAUAUCAAAAAUGAUACGUCUAACGGAGCCGAUAACACCCGUGAGUUCCUCCUAGUAUCCAAAAAGCUAGGUCUCCUAGCCAAGUUUCUAGGAUACCUAACCUCCUUACCAUACGCCCUAGAUAUGACGGGGAAAACCGUACCAACGAUCGAAACGUAUACAACACCAAAAGAGAAGGUCUUGGAAAACAAUUUAGAUUUGAGGAAUUAUAGCCAACCGAACAUAGACCUAAUAGGAAUAUUAACAACUACCCUCGAAAAUAACAAACUUUGCAUAACACUACCAUGGUUGAUACAUUACCUCUCAAUGCUCGACUACACGACACUCCGGACUACAUACUACAAGAACCUUCUCAAAACAAUCUUUUGCAUAUACGAAAACACCAAAAACCUGAAAAAAUUCACAAAAAUCUUUCUCAAAUCAAUUAUGGGCUGGUUGUUCGAUUUACCCCAUUUUCCCCGAGAAUUAUUCUCGGAGUGUACAAGCGAAUUCAAAUCGAUUACAAUCGAUGAAGAAUUGAUCGAUGAAUCUGUGUUGUUCGAGCUGUGUCCGUUUUUGAAGGACAUAAAUGUGUUGCUUACUAAUAAAGUGACUGAAAAGGAUAUGGGGACGUUCAGGCAUAUUACACCCGUUAGUUUGAGCGUGAAUGUCGAAGAUCGCAUGAGGAAUAAGGAACGAGAAUUGCAGGCUCGUUUAGAAGAGGAAUUCCUAAAAUCGCAGCCAUCUUCAACCAGACGAGUUCUAGAAUUGGUCAUAGAGAGAGUGACUUCCAGUGCCGUCAAAGAAUUAACCGCAAACUGUUUGAACGAUGCGAGAAAACGAUGUACAGAGAUGGCGUUUAAACUCGUCAAUAGCUCUAAGGACAAGGAUAAGCCAACGUUGCUCCAAGGCCUCAACCAACUAUACACGGAGCAAUUAGAACAUUUACGUACGACAUCCUUAGAGCAAGCACGUACGCAUAUGCGUGCUCGUGUAUCGUCCGCUUUAUCCGCCUUACUACCGUCCGCUGUCGCUCAGUUACACGCUCCGCUCGUCGCCUUUGCCUGUAAAGCGUGUAACGCUAAGUUGGUUAAGUGGACGAAUGAGCAUUGGAAUAGUACUGCGGUGUUAUGUAAGAACAUAAACGAAGAGUUAAACACACUUAUCAUGUUGGGUGAUAACUUCCAAAAUCAGCUAAAUGAUAAGCCAAUUACUUUGGAGUUUACGACGUUUGAUAGUCCAGCAUUUGCUAUUAUAUCCUUAAAGGAACAAAUAUGCCUCCUGUUAGACUACGAAGAUGGUGACGAUAUCUAUCCAAUACUGGAUCUAUGCGCACGUUGUACUAUUAAGAACCCGUAUUGCAGACCGCCAGCGCAAAAAGCAAUACUGCAGUUGAGUGUUGAUUAUUGUAUUGUCUUUGUCAGCAGAAAACCUGAGCAAUUGAAUGAAAAAUUGCUCCUAAGCCUUCACAAUAUAUGGAACAAUUGUUGCCCGGAUCGAAAACCUUCAUCACCCCAAGAACUCACCGUACCAGAAAGACGGGCAAGCAUUUCCCCCACGUUUACAGAUUUUAGGGAGGAAAGAGCCCCAACUCCCAUUUCUGAUGAAGAAGGUCCAAUUGGAAAAGUUAUUUAUGAUGAGAAAGAGAAAAAUGGGAAUGUCGUUACAAAUGAUAGUAAAGUGGAAAGCCCAAAUACGGAAUCGGAUCCGAACCUGGAAUAUUUUGAUCGCAUCCUUUGUCCACGAAACAUUGUGUUAAUGAGUGAAUCAAACCGCAAAAGUUCUGAUAUAUGGCAGGCAUUAGCAGAUGUUCUAGUUUUCAUGUUAAAACAGGCCUACUUAAGUGAGGAUUCCUUAACUGAACAAUGCUUGGCAGUGUAUAGGCAGGACUGGCCGCAGAAUAUCCUUGAAAACUUGUCCACGUGCAUGAAAUGUGUAUCAUCGAAAUGGAAUCGAUCAUCGACAGGAAAAUUCACAUUGUUCCUCGAUUUCCUGGCAGACUUUUGUGGGAAUAUGGACUUUGAGCCACUUGAAUAAGACACAAAAUCGUGUAAAUCUCCAAUACUUAUAAAUAUGCCUUAAUAUUUAUGUUGUAUACAUAAUAUGUCCAUUUUUAAACCUGGUUUUAUAGAGAAUUUUAGAUGUUCAUUUUAUGUAACACAUACGAAUCGUUGAAUAGAAUCGUAGUAAUGAGUAGCAAUUUACUAGUAAGUAUAGAACUACUUUUGUAGUUAGCCUUUUUUAAUAAUGACAAUAAAUCAUUCUUAUAGAAAAUGCUUUAAAUCCAACUCAUUUCUGGAUCCUAACAAU